AUGGCGGCCAUGGAGAAAAUGAGGAAGCUUUGCAGAAUUGGAGGAGGUCGUGAGGGAGACGACGACUAUGGUGGGGUGGACAGUAGCAAAUUACAUAACAAAGAAAGGCAGCCAGUGGAUGGCUUUUCAGAAUUGGAUGGAUGUUUGCUGGACUCACAAAAGAAUGAGAUCUACAUGAACGAAGAUGAGCAGCAUCCUUCAAGCUCUAAAGUGAAGGAAACCAAGGAUAUUUUGAAGCUGCUUCGAGCUAUUGAUAAAAUUAAAGUCGAGGUUGAUCAGCACAAGAUGCACAGCAGUGGAUACGGAUGA